GGUGACGGUCCCUGUCUCGGUCACUCCACCGUUCAUCCCCCACUUCCGGCGGUUGCCUAUCCGGUCUCGUGCUUGGGCUUCUGCUUCUGCACCUUCUUCUUCACUUCAUAUCGCUGGCCCGAUUAUUGUAUAGCCUCCAGAGACCACAAUAAGAUGUUUGGUGAAGGCCCCGAGGAUGGUUCUCGGGCUUAUAUCCCUCCGCUACUAGACUCGGAGCGUUCCUACGAUCCCGACGCUUCCGACAUCGUACCUCAGGACGCAGAGAGCGGCGUCUCUUACAUCCCCGUCUGGCUACGGGAGUCUUCUAAGUCCUUCAAAUGGGGCUGGGUACCGUUACCUAUUCGCAAAGUCGCACGAGCGACUGCAAACUGGGUGAAAGGCCCGGAUCCUCCACAUGACCUUCUGUUGAAGCCAUUGUUCCCUCGCUUCCAAGAACUCCCGGUCCGGUACCUGGAACGUGUCUUUCCCAAAAGGAAGCAGAAGGUCGCCUUACUUUGUCUCUUUUAUCUCGUCUGGUUUUUGCCCUGGUCCAUUAUUCUUCUCCACUCGCGCUCGGCGGGUUAUAUCGAGGGCUUUGGACGGCCACAGACUCUCACUUGUAGAACGACUCUCUGGGAGUAUGGAAAUGGGUGCGGUCUCAAUGGUAACGACUGCCGCCCCUUCACGGCUGCGACGCUACCCUUCCGCUGUCCCGCGAAUUGCAAGGAUGCUAAACUGCUCUCACCCCAUAUGGUGGGCAAUGAGUCUUUCAGCUACAGAGGCCUUGUGGUUGGUGGAUCACAACCCGGAUCGGAUGAAUCACCGGUUUAUCGGGCAGAUAGCUUUGUCUGCCAAGCCGCUAUUCAUGCAGGUGUCAUCACAAAUACCAUUGGCGGUUGCGGCGUUAUGAAGCUAGAAGGCGCGACGCAUUCCUUCCCUGCAUCGAAGCAGAAUGGAAUUAGCUCGGUUGGCUUUCCGUCGACCUUCCCUAAGUCAUUCAGUUUCGUUUCGCUAGGGUCAUCACAAGACACUUGCCCCAACGAUCCGCGGUGGCCGCUUUUGGGUAUUACCGUUGGCGCACUAGUGACUUUGUGGCUUCUCUGCCGGUCACCCCCUGUUCUUUUCUUUAGUACCUUUUUCAUGGUUUUCUGUCAGAUUGGGCUGGUGUCGGAUCCACCGUCGUUACCCCAUUUUGCCGAUCUCGUUUCUAGCUUGCUUGCGAAUCUCUUACCAGCAUCGUUCGUGGCCUUCGUCUUGUUCAGGUACUGCGCGCGGCCACUACUUGGUCCACUAUCAGAGGCUACCUAUCAGAUGACAAAGACAUUCCUGUACUUGCCACCUGUGUUUAUCGGUGCCCUGAACAACUACACUUUCGCAAGAUUGAUUCCUCUCGAACGUCUGACCCCACAUGAUAUCCAGCGGCAGCCUGGAGCCAAAGUGGCGCUAGCCAUGGUUAUUCCGACAGUUAUUUGCAUUAUUCUCAGCCAAGCCUGGCAGAUCCGCCAGGGCGGUCUCAUGCCGCAUUACCUUAAGAUCUACUGCACGAUGGGUCUCAUUCUCCUGAUAUUACUCCCCUUGCCUGGGCUCCGUCUUCGAAUUCACCAUUACAUCCUUGCAAUCCUUCUUAUGCCUGGCACCGCGCUUCCUACGCGGCCCUCGCUGAUUUACCAGGGGUUGCUUCUUGGGCUCUUUAUGAACGGCAUUGCUCGAUGGGGUUUCGCCUCGAUCAUCGAGACGCCCGCCGCCCUGGGUGAGCAGCCCGGUGGAGCUCACGGGUGGUGGGGAGGUACCUACCCCAACAUCACCGACGGAACGGUUAAUAUCACCCUCCCUGGCGCAGGGUCCAACGAAGCAUACCAUGGAAACGGCAACAUCACAUUCACGCUGUGGGAAAGAGAGCGCAUGGCCGAUCUGGGCGUGGAUGGUAUUUCGGUCCUGGUCAACGAUGUCGAGCGCUGGCGCGGGUACCUGGAUGAGGAUAAGCAUGGAGAAUUUACCUGGCAUCGGCACGGACACAAUGGCCUAGAGCUCCAGCACCGCCCAACAAUCGAAAGUGACACGAUCGGUCUUGACCUAGAGGAUGAUGAAGAUGACAGUAAACCCGAAGAUCUCUUUUUCCGCUUUGCGUUCUUGAAGGGAGCCGAAGCAGGGAAAUACGGCGGGGCCGGUGUAUGGUUGGAGGACGGGCAGUGGAUUUCUCCCCCUCCGCCAAAAGAGUAGACUUGAUUUUUUGCUUUUUUGUACGUGCAGA